AGAUUCAAAUCAGCCCCCCUGAGGGGGCAUCGAAUCCACACCCGUUUCAGCGACUCUGAUUUCUGAAGUCCUCAGCUCACCGUCACCAACCGGCUCCCUCCAUUCGAUCCGUUGGGCGAGCUUGGCCCUCGGCCGGCCGAAGCUGCGCCUCGAUUUACCUCUCGUCAUCGCCGGGGGUGACGCGAUGCAGAGCCUUACGCGCUUGACUAUAUUCCUCUGUUGCUUGUGGAUCGUCACUCUCCUCUACGGCGAGAUGGUCGCCUAUUGGAUCCCCAACUGGACCUGCUCCUGGCCUCAUCUCCGCCCCUCUUCCCCCUCUUCGAAUGGUCAUAAUUUUGUUAAAGUUGCUGUCCUAGCAGACCCACAGCUUGUGGACUGGACUUCUUAUGGCCUUCCUCCAAAAUCUCUUGCAUUAGAAGCUGCUCAAUUUUACACCGACUUGUACAUGAGAAGAUCUUUCCAUUUGUCCAUUUUGCCAUUCAGACCAGAUUUUGUUAUAUUUCUUGGCGAUCUGUUCGAUGGUGGGUCUUCCUUGUCAGAUGAAGAAUGGAAAGAAUCAUUGAACCGUUUUGAACAUAUAUUCACUUUGAGUGAAAAAGAUGGUUUCCAAAUCCCAAUUUAUUACGUCCCUGGAAAUCGUGAUAUUGGGUUUGCAAGUUUCCAUUCACAGUACCCAAAGGUAAUCAGGCGUUAUGAGGAUCAGUUCGGUGAAAGGAACUAUCAGUUUUCUGUUGGCAAUGUUGACUUUAUUGUUGUUGAUGCACAAAUUCUUGAUGAACUAGGAAAAGAAACAUCCUUCUCAUGGGAUUUUGUGCGUAAUAUAUCUAAUGAUGCCACAGUAAAUCCAAAAGUUUUAUUGACUCACAUUCCUCUUCAUCAUCCUAAUGAGACUUUGUGUGGUCCACACCGGUCUUCCCCUGUUAUCAACCAGAAAAUUUCAGUCACUGGAACAGAUUUUGGCAAAUCGUAUCAGAAUUAUUUAAGUGAGGAAACUUCAUCCCGUUUACUUGACCUCAUCCGACCUAUACUUGUGCUAUCUGGUCAUGAUCAUGAUCAAUGUACCAUGAUCCAUUCUACACCUGUGGGCACUGUUAAGGAGCACACUGUUGGAACUGUUAGUUGGCUUCAAGGAAACCUAUAUCCAUCAUUCAUGCUGUUGUCUGUAGUAUCUUCAUCAUCAAAUUCAAUCAACUCAGAGGAUGCAGUUUCUACGCAAUUAUGUUUUCUUCCUAAGCAAGCCCAUAUCUAUUUUUGGUAUCUGAUGCAGUUUAUUGCAACUCUUAUUCUGAUCAUUACUUGGCCAGCAAAUGGCUUUGGCCUUUCUGAUAAAUUCAUGAGCUAUAUCAGAGAAAUAAAAACUAAUCUCAGUACCACAACUAAAGAAAAAGAUGAAGAGAACUCUGAAUACGAAAUGAUCUGGGAUGCAGAAGGGUCGAUGCAUCUAGUCAAGAAGGCUGCUGCAAAGGUUCCAAUUCAGAGGUCUGACUCGAGGUUUACAGGCAGUGGUACAGUUAUCUCCAGGCCGUCAGCAAAGAAGCAGUCAAUGGAGGCUGAGGCAUCUGUCUCAGUGGACAUGAGCGCAGAAUUGAAUUUGGAAGAUGCUUCCAAAUCACGUCUCGGCAAAUCCAAACUAAGGAUAAUCAUUCAGCGGCUGUUUCGACUGCGGCUUCUUGUGGUUGUUGCUGCAGUGAGUGGCCCUGUUUAUAUGAUGCUAUUGUUCAAAGAUUGGAUCGAUCGAUGACCGAGAGACCGAAAGGACGAACUCCCCAUCCAUGUUACAAUUGUUGAUGCCAACAUAGUUAUUUAUGUUUUACAAUUUACUUUGCAUAUAGGACGGGGUAUAAUUGAGUGUUUUGGUGUCACAUCCUUUUUUGUUUCCUUUCUAAUUGUUCUUGGAUCAUAGACAUUCAAAUCAUACGAGUAGUGUGGUGUUUAUUUUCGUUUCA